GACCGUCUCUCACGCGGAGCCAAUCGGAACUCGCGGAGGGGCUGUUGGGGCUUCCAGGAGGGCGCAUGUGCGGAUGGCUGGCCGCAGGCGGCCGGGCGGGCUGUAACCCGCCGCUGAACUGGCGCUUCUGUGUCCAGAGGCUUCGGCCUGGCCGUCGUCGCCUAUAAGCUACGAGGAGGAGAUUUACGACUUGUCCGGGCGCAGCAAAGGCCAGACUCUGCGCGAACAGGCGCUGCGCACGAACCGGCAGGCACCUGGCGGGCACCAUCGCACGGUGGCGCAGAAGCUCCUCAAUGGCCAGCGCCAGCUGCAGCCGCGGCCGCGCACUCGUCUCACCUGAGCUUGGGCGAAUGUGGAUUGGGAAAGUCGACAUUAAUCAACUCAUUAUUCCUCAUAGAUUUGUAUUCUCCAGAGUAUCCAGGUCCUUCUCACAGAAUUAAAAAGACUGUAUAGCUGGCAGCCUGUUAUUGAUUACAUUGAUAGUAAAUUUGAGGACUACCUAAAUGCAGAAUCAUGCGUGAACAGACAUCAGAUGCCUGAUAAAAGGGUGCAGUGUUGUUUAUACUUCAUUGCUCCUUCAGGACAUGGAUAUUUGGGCACCUUCACGAGUGUUAGGUACCAUGCUAGGUCCUGAGGAUACAGAUGAAUGAGACAAGGCCCUCACUGCGAAGAGUAUUUCAGUGAGGAGAUGGGAGAAACAAAUACAGAUGCUCUUCGACUUGGGACAGGGUUACAUUAACCCAUCACUUAAACCAUUGGAUACUGAGUUUAUGAAGCGUUUGCAUGAAAAAGUGAACUUAUUGCCAAAGCAGACACACUCACACCAGAGGAAUGCCAACAGUUUAAAAAACAGUCUGAACAUUUUAAAAACAAACCUUACCUUCAGCAACGCUCCAAGGAUACUGCCUUCCUCUGACCCUUUUGCCAUUAACUUCAAUGAUAGUAUUACUACCCACCACAGCAAGAGCUCUAUUUCAUGCCAAGAUUACUCAACACCCAGAAGGCAGAACAGCGACCUCUCUGUCUCCAUCUGCAGAAGCCAAGCAAGCGUGUGGGCCUCCGUAUGCAUCCUUUCUUUUAUUCACUUUCUAAAUGCUGUAACGGCUACCAUCUACCAGGUGGUCACAAACCAUCUCUAAAGUCAAUCUGAGGUUAACCCACUCGACUUGUAAGGGAUCCACCUAUACUGCUUCUGCACCUGUAAUAUGACUAAGGAGACGGCGGCUGCACACGUAGUUAACACUGACUGUACUGUGACUCCGCCUUUCAGCAGCAGCUCUCCGGCUCUUUAGAGUCCUUUUGAGCCAAGCUGGACGUGAGGCAUAAAGGAGCUCUUUGCAAACGCCAGGAGGAAUUUCUUCAGGGUGAAGUUAACUUUCAAUCGGCUUCAUUCUAAGAGAAAUAUGUGAGGCAAACAAAAGGGAACUUUUUUUCUCAUCUUUUGCAUUUCAAGCAAAAACUAAUAAAAUUAGAUGUUUCCACCGUCAUGCUCAGUCUCGAAGCUGCCAGCAGAUCCCGCUUCUAACUUUUAACACAGGCACGCAGGAAAUCGGGAAAUCCCUGCAGUUCCCUCAGAAGCUACAGUAUCAGCAGUUCCUGAAGCGCAAACCAAAACCCAACAUCAUGUACUCCUCCAAAGAGCUCAGCCGGUCUGUUGAGGGACGGAAACAGCGGCGAGGUGCUCUGGAAGCCGUGACAGCCUGGCCGAAAUGAACCAGGUUCCUCCUGGUCGAGCCUACCUCCCUAGGGACAAGAAACGUACCUCUCUUCCCUCAUAUCCAGAGGAAGCAACGGAGGGAUGUGGCGCUUAGACUCACUCUACUAUCCAGUCCAUCGAAGUCCUAAUAAUCUUCAGGAUGCGAUAGAGCGAGACUCCGUCUCAAAAAAACAAAACAAAACAACCCUAAGGAGGAGAGAGAAUGUACUGGAGGAUAGGAAGUAUCUAGGAGGACCUUCUUUUUUUUUUCUUGUAUUUAAAUUUAAGCCUUCAUUUAUAUAAAAUAAAACGCAUGAAACCUA